CUAUACAUAUUACUUUCAAAAAGAACUCUUCCGCGAUGCAACCAGUGUGUUUCGUAACAGUUUUGUCUUUGUUUGUGACAUCGACAGAGUGUAAAUUACCCGGAUUAAAGACAAGAAUCACCGACAAGGCACUUGAUUACGCUACAAAUGUUGCCUUGGACAUAUUGACAAAGCAGGUGACAGGCCAGCCUAUACCUGAUCAACAUGGUAGUACUGGAGACGUCAAGUUUGACAUAACAGGAAUAAAAGUAAAUGAGUUUAUCAAACCAAGCAGCAGAGUAUCAAUGAUUCAGAAUGUUGGCCUGUCUUGGAGCACAAGUGGAACUAAACUGGCACUUCAUGGAGAUUUUCAUUACAAAUAUAAAAAAGGAAUCAUCAAAAUAUCCGACUCCGGAAGUUUUGACCUGAACUCCAGAGAUAUUGCCUUUCAGCUAAAGAUAGAGAUUGGUGUGGACAAUUCUGGACGUCCGACAAUGAAAUCAGUGGGCUGUAGCUGCAGCGUGGGCUCAGCAGAUAUAAAGUUUCAUGGCGGUGCUGCAUGGAUUUAUAACCUAUUUUCUGGAAUGCUGGAAGGCAAACUGAAAGAUAUGAUUGCUGGAGGCAAUGGAGUUUUAUGCAAACAAAUAAAUAACCUUGUGAAUGUGAACGGAAUGGAGAGUUUAAAGAAGUUACCAGUAACUGUGCAAAUUGCGAAGCAAUUCCUGUUGGAUUAUACUCUUUUAGCAAAGCCAGCCUUUUCAUCAACAUUUAUGGAAACGUACCAUAAGGGAGAGGUGUACUGGAGUGCCAAUCCUCGUGAAGCUCCAUUCCCUGUUCCUCCUUUGCUGAAAUCCAACGAUACCUCCAGAAUGAUGUACUUAUGGAUGUCUGAUUUUCUGUUCAACUCCAUGUCUUAUAAUGCAUACAAAUAUGAUAAACUUCAGUACAAUGUUACGAACAAAGAUCUUCCAUCAGGUGUGUUAAAUACAACAUGUCCAAAAACAACAUGCAUUGGAAAAUUCAUUAAAGUUAUUGGGGAGAAAUUUCCCAACACAACAGUGAUGUUAUACAUGAAAUCUACAACGAUGCCAAACAUGACUGUCCGGAAUGGGUCUACUAUGGUGGAAACCUCUGGUGACAUCCUUUUCUUUGCUCAACAAUCUGAUGGGAAAUACACGUAUUUCUUGACGCUUUCUGCAAGCAUGACAACAACAAUUUCAUUGAUGAUUCAGAAUGGGAAAAUAUACGCCAAAGUUCCUGAUUUACCGAUACAGGUGAAAGUGAAAGACUCCAAAAUUGGGGCUUUGUCAGCACAGGGGUUAAAUUUUAUCAUCAAAGGUGUUGUAUCAAUAUUUGUGCAACCUAAACUAAACGAACUUGGAAGCAAAGGAUUCCCUCUUCCUAUCAUUGACUCGGUGCAUUUCGUUAAUACAGAACUUGCAUUAGGAAAGGACACGCUUUUGAUUGCUACAGAUCUGAAAUAUGGUGGAUGAACUUGAAAACAAUUGGAAAAGUACCUACCAAGACUAUAAUCUCUUUACACAACUUAUAUGCAGCAAAGACUAUUAGUUUAUGGAUACUUCAUGUAACAUGUAGAUUGCCGAUAAGGGUGCAAUCAUUCUACGAUAAAAGGACUAAUUUAGGGAAUAUACCAUGAAAAAAAUAAUUGUUUUAAAUGCCCAUUUGAACAACAUAAUUCACUGAAGAACAUAACAGUGCACUUGAAAAAAAAUUUAACAAAUCUGGUAACCGUUAACUUUUACAACAAUUUCAAUAUAAAUGUACCAUUGUUUUUUUUAAGGUAUUAAUAUUACGGAAGUUAAUAUUUGAACAGACCUUAUUAUUUUUUCAAUGAAGCUGAAUUUAACCAUUUUUUCGUUUUCUGAUGUUCAGUAUAGAACGCUGAAGUAUGAUUUUUGAAGUCUUGCAUGAAUACCAAAAUAUCGUUACGGAAGUUAAUCGCAAUAUAAGUUAAAUUUCAGCAACAAAAAUUUAAAUUCUCGGCAAUAGAUAAAAUUAUAGUUUGUACUCAGUUGUUUACCGAAAGUAUGAAGUAUUUUGCUCCCAGAGUAAUUAUACGCUUAUAACCUUUAAUGCAAAAUCAUUCCUGAACUACCGUUACGGAAUUAUUUUUUUUAAGAAUGGCAACUGUUUUUGUCUAAUUCAUUCUGUUGAGUCGAAAAUGUACUGGUCUUAAGUGCCUGAUGACUGUCAACUAGAAUCAAUGAUAUAAAGUUCCAUGGUCAUUUUCAGUUAAAUUUCGGUUCUUUCUGAAAUCUGCAUUCUGUUCGUGCAAUUAAAAAAAAUCCUUAUGGAAGUUAAUGAAUUUUUGCGACAUGCUAUGAUUUCGUAUAAAAGAAGAUCCAUAUAUUUCUUCGCGAGAAGUGGUUUGUUUUCUUUUUAUAUAGGAAAAAACUCCAUGCAACCUAUUCAGAACGCUUAUACAGCUGAAUAUUUUAUCUUGAAUUUUUUAAUGAGUGAAACGACAUUAAGAUUUGCAGUGUAAUACGUAUGUAAACAUUAUAAUGUGCUUAUAUCAAAACUUUAAUUGCAUUAAAUAUUUCGAAAACCAUGUGUGUAUGUUAAGUACUAGACUUUAAAUUGAUCUUUAAACUUAUAGUUUAGAUAAUACAAUGGUAGAUUUGUAUUGUAAGCGACAUGAAAAAAUUCUCAGUCGGGCAUGAUUUUGAAGAAUGACUGUGCGGGCGUGACCAUGGGUCAUAAAUUUGAAACAGUUUACACAAAUAAUGCAUCAAUACUAUCAAAUCACCCAUGCCUUGCAUGCAUUCUAACGUACAUUUACCGUCACCUAAUCAUGGUAUUGCUUUGAUGAGAAGCUGAAUUCUUAUUAUUAGUCAAGA